GCGUCAAACCCGGAAACGACAACCGCCGCCGCGACGACAGGUAGGAUCGCACCGUCCGUUGGAAGAGAAAUGAAAACAAGCACAAGUGGAACUUGAGAUGCCAUCGAGACAACAUCUCGAGGAAUAAAUCGACCACACUAAAGCCGACGGAAAACCGCGGGUUCGUGGCGUCGACGUGGAAGUGGACUAUGCUCGACCGCAGCCUCACCUGUGUUCUCCUGGUGGUCGCGUUCACCUGCGGAUGUUUCCCACGCGCGUCCGCCUGGAAGCAGGAGCCGGAGACCCCCGACUGGAGGACGACUCUGAAGACCAUCCGCAACGGAAUACACAAGAUCGACACGUACCUGAACGCAGCACUGGACCUGUUCGGGGGCGACGACGGGCUGUGUCAUUACAGGUGUAGUGAUGCAGGUUACAAGCCGGCGCCUCGUCCUGGGUACAAGCAGCCGCCACCCAAUGGAUGUGGCUCCCCACUGUUUGGAUUCCAGUUUGACAUAGGCAUCCCGUCCAUGACCAAAUGCUGUAACCAGCACGACCGCUGCUACGACACCUGCGGCCGGGAGAAGCACGACUGCGACGAGCAGUUCCAGGACUGUCUGGAGACCAUCUGCAGGAAUGUGCAAAGAACUCUGGGAUUGGCCCAGAGUGUCCAAGCUUGUGAGUCGGCGGUGACUCUGCUGUUCGAUGCCGUGAUGCAUCUGGGAUGUAAGCCGUACCUGGACAGCCAGAGGGACUCCUGCAUGUGUCAGUAUGAAUUGAAGAGGGAACUGUGACGCCGCCACAGAAACAAGGCUGUAAAAAGAAGGACUGGUUCAAUAGAGUAACAACACUGACAGGGGGACACCAGCGAUAACCCUUUCUUCCUGACUUGUAGAGUUUUCUCAGGGAUAGUUUGUCGAUAAAGUUGCUCAGCUCCUUUUAUUGGAGUUGUGAAAUGCACACUUUCUGUUAGAAGUGAAUGUGAAAUUACCUUAGUUAACAUUAGAAGACAAUUCAUACCUUUCCUGUGCAGUUGAUUAUUUAUAUGUUGUCGAUACUGUGUAUUUUGUUUUUGUCCUGUGAUGAGUUUUUUCCUGGGUUAUAGGACACGAUCUGUGACGCUAAACCAGUGUAACUUGUAGUAUUUUAGUCAAUAUGCAGCAGUUUAGCUGAACAUUUUGUCUACAGUCAACAAGAAUACAGAUGAACAUAUAUAAAAUAUUACAUUUUCAAUAAUAUAUAAUUGAUGUCAAGAUAUUUUCUUAAUUGUGGCAGUUUUUUUCUGGAAAUCAGCUACUGCCUUUUUACUCGGCUAAAUAAACUAAUUUAACAGUG